UCCAUGAACAUGCAACUUUGAGCAAAAUCACAUGAUACAGGCUCAAAAUUUAUUUUUAUGGGUUUUGACAGGGACAUCAGGUAUAUUAACUUGAGUGCAAUUAGGCCUUAAUCUACUGAGACCUCCCAGAGAUAAUGCAGAAGCAAUUUAGGACAAAAAUGCAGUCUCUAAACUGCGCAGCUUCUCGGGCUCAUUGUGCUUGUAUCCAUUGAUUCAGGCUGCAGGUUUGCUACAAGAAGAGCAGAUCACCUUGCCUCCCAAAAUAAUUGGAUCGCAGCUUAGGGACUAACUAAAUUUAUACAUUGUGCCAAAGGUUUUGUGCUAAUGAGUGUCUUGGCAGGAAUGCAGUUCACACACUGCAGUGACACCCUGCGAGCUCUCGUGUCUCCUUUGAUCUCCCUGAUGUUGCAGGAACUUGUGCUCCCCAAAGCUGAGGUACCUCAGAGAGCCUAAGCUGCCCACUCAGUCUCUCUGUGGACAUGGGUUUUAUUGGAAUCUCGUUGGUCAGUCCUUCUCAGGAAAGCAAUUUGCCUGGUUUCCUCUUCUUUUUGUGCUGACUGUAGGAGUUAAAGCUUUUCCCAGCACCCGCACAGUUACUGUUUAUAGCCAGGGAGAUGAGGAUACUAUUUCACCUCGCUGGGAAAGGAGCCAGGAGAGACAUUGUGCCUUCAUUAGAGAAAGGAUGCACUUCCCCUGCCGCCCCCUUGGCAGAGGCUCAGUGUACACAGCCGAGACCUAUGGGUUGUCUAGUCUUAAAAUCCAUUGAUUUGUAAUAGAAACCAUAAUAAAUCACUACAAUAUGUUGAACUUGAGGGGGUAGGGCAGGCAGCUGAGUGGGCAUACUAGGGGACUGGCCAGUGGCCAGGGCACUUCAGCCUGCUUUCCCAGGGCGCAGCAGACUGAGCGUCCUCACCAAGAUGACACAAGCAUGGCUUAAUCAUACCUUUAAACGAGGCACUUGCUAUGGAGAGUUAUUUAAGUUGUCAGUCAGGUCAGAGUUUGUUUUUCUGCAAGUAUGUAAAAUAUAUGGAUGAAAUAGAUACACAUGCCCACACACAUGUAAAUGACAAAUGACGCUACAUGAAGGCACAACUGUGUCCUUAGGGGUUUGUGGGCAGCACUGUCCUUCCUUUCCUCUUUCCUGGAAAUACAGAGCUGUGCAAAGAGAAUGGAUUCUCAUGCUUGCUUCCUCCACCCAAAUCCGGGCAUUAAGAGCAGCUACAGUUUGAUUUGGAAAGCCUUAAAAAGGACUUCACAAAAUUAACUGAGUAACCAAGUGUGAGCUCAGCACCACUCACAACAAAGAGAAAUGAUCCCAGAAGCCACAUGGGGAGAAAAACUUUUGCCCUCUACACACACAUCAUAACUCUUGCAAGCAAAGGACUUGGGGUUGGAAAUGAAAACCAUUGCAUCAGCACUCUGCAAGGUGGCCAUUCAGUUUUCCUCACCAAUUCUUUAGGGUUAAAAAGAUCAAGAAAUAACCUUAAAUACUAGCAUAGCCCAGCCUAUAUGUGCAUGUCCUGGCUUUCUCUCAACUCCAGGAUAUUACCCAUAGCAAUCUCCAAACCCAGGCAUCCAUUCAGAGAUAUUUGCUGGUUAAUAUAGGGCACAUCACAGCAAAUGCCUGACCUGGUCAAACAGCUGCCAGGUCCUGGGCAUGGCCCAAAAGGGUUGGUACAGACAAAGCCCAAAAGGUUCAAAAUUCUGCUCUUCAAGGACAGACACCCUAAGUACCUAGAAUGAGCACCCAUUAUUUUGUGACUGAGAAGGCCUCAAACUUAGAUUCUGUGCAUCCACAUGCGUACAGAUAUGUAUAGCAUGUGGCAAGACUGGUGAUUUUACUUACUGAGAGCUCGUCAUGAAAAUUAGCUGGAACUUCACACCCACCACAGGGCACACCGAGUAAAUAAUGCCCAUGAAGUUUAUUGUCUUGAAGUUGUGUAAAAGCAGAAUUUGUAGUAGCACUCUCCCACCUCUAGCAGUAUUGAAGAAAAAAAGUUUUUAUUCAGCAGAAUUGCAAAACGGAGCUUCUUGGAAAAUACCAGGCACCAGGCAAAACACAAAGAAAAGUGGUUCUCCAGCGCAAGGAGGACAGUGCUGAUUUGAAGUGCCAGCUCCAGUUUGCCAAAGAAGAGGCAGCGCUGAUGCGAAAGAAGAUGGCCAAACUGGGGAGGGAGAAGGACGAACUGGAGCAGGAGCUCCAGAAGUACAAGUCCAUCUAUGGAGAUGUGGACAGUCCCCUGCCUACUGGGGAAGCAGGGGGCCCACCCAGCACCAGGGAGGCUGAGCUGAAGCUUCGUUUGAAGCUGGUGGAGGAGGAAGCCAACAUACUGGGCAGAAAAAUAGUGGAACUGGAGGUGGAGAACAGGGGGAUUAAAGCUGAGAUGGAGGAUAUGAGGUGCCAGUAUGAAAAAGAGUGUCUCAGCAGGGACCACAUUUCAAGCAUUCCUACCUCACCCUACGGAGACUCUGUGGAGUCAGCCACAGAGCUACGCAGGCACCUGCAGUUUGUGGAAGAGGAAGCAGAGCUGCUGAGGAGGUCAAUCUCUGAAAUUGAGGAUCACAACAAGCAGCUAACGAACGAGCUGAACAAAUUCAAGUUCGAGCCGGGCCAGGAGCCAGGCUGGCUUGAUGACGCAGCAUCCAAGGGUGGUGGAACCUUGCAAGAGGAGCUGAAGUCGGCCAGGUCACAAAUCAAUGAGCUGAGUGGAAAAGUGAUGAAGCUCCAGUAUGAGAACAGGGUCCUUAUGUCCAACGUCCAGCGUUACGAUCUUGCCUCUCACCUGGGCCUGCGUACUUCCAGCCCCAGGGACAGUGAUGCCGACAGCGAUGCUGGGAAAAAAGAGAGUGAUAGCGAAGAUGGUCGUCCACCACAGCCAAAGAGAGAGGGGCCCAUUGGGGGCGAGAGUGACUCUGAAGAAGUAUAUGAGAAGACAUCAGGUUUUGGGAGUGGGAAGCCAUCAGAAGUCAGUGACCUGUGCUCCACCGAGCUCAUGAGAGUGAAAGGGGACACUGAGUCAUUAAUUAACAUCAAACGUGAGGCUGAGCGACUUGAAAGGACUGUGGAGCGCCUUAUCACCGAUACAGACAGCUUGAUUUAUGAUGCGAAGGUGCACGUAACCAGCAGCCCAUCCACCGAGAAGGAUUUCAGAGGUGGUGAAGAAAAGGGAGAUGAUAAGCAUGAACCAGAGCUUUUGGACACUGUCAACUCCAGGAUGAAAGCUUUCCGGAAGGAGCUUCAGACCUUCCUGGAAAAGAUUGAUCACAUUGGAGAAGGCCUUAAGGAGCAGAUGGAGGACCUCUCCCCUCUUCCCCAUCUCACAGAGUCUUCCAGUUUCCUAUCCACAAUGACCUCCAUGUCCCGAGACUCUCCCAUUGGUAACCUGGGGAAGGAGUUAAUCACUGACUUCCAGUCCAAACUGAGGGAUCAGAUGGAGUGGCAGCUCAAACAAGAUCGUGGAGAGGAGCAAGAGAUUCGCCACCAGCGAGCCACCACCGACCCACACCGCAGAGCUGAUGGAGACAUUAAACUCUACAGGCCAGGAGACAAGGGCUGUUUCAGUCUAGAGAAUGUAUCGAUACAGGAGCUUCAGGCUCAGCUUGAGCAGGAGACAAGAGUUCACCGAGAGGAGCAAGAGAAGUUUACAGAAAGGAUCAUCCAGCUGGAGGAGGAGCAUAUGCAGACCCUGCGGAGAAAAGACUUGGAAGUGCAGAGUUUGACUUUGCAGAACAAACUGGAGGAGAAGACCUGGAGUCAGGAGAAAAAUCUGCUGCAGCAGGAACUCAGGCGUUUCAAGCAGGACACCUUUCUCCUGUAUGUCAAAUUGAAGUGGCUGCUGAAACACUGGCGGCAAGGCAAGCGAAUGGAGGAGGAAGGGGAGGACACAUUAGAGAUUGAGCACCCUGAGGCCCUCCCAGACUUUGGCAUUCCGUCUGAGCAGAAGGCAAAUGAUGCAGAGCGAGAGGAGGAGGAAGAAGACGUUGUGUUUGCGCUGACAGAUUUCUCCCAGCAUCCCACCCCGGACAGCACUGAUCAUGGACCACAGCUGCAGACCGCAGAAUUACUGCAGCAGCAGAAGCAGGCGAGUGAAAACCGGAAGCUCCUGAACGCUCUGAAGGGUUUGCUGGAUGACUUCCGCUCGGAGCUGCGGGACGAGGAGCGGGAGCGCCAGGGGCUGCAGCAGCAGUACGCCCUGCACAAGGCAGCCUGGGAGGUGGAAAUCACUGAGCUCAAGUGUCGCCUCCAACAGCUGGAAGGGAAGAGUGAGAAUACCUCUGGAGAAACAGGUCUCGGUUUGGAUGCAAAGGGAGCUUUUAAAAGGGAAAGAGAAGAGCACAAGAAGCUUCUGGCUGACAGUCACAGUGUGGUGAUGGACCUCCGCUGGCAAAUCCAGCACAGUGAGAAGAACUGGAACCGGGAAAAGGUGGAGCUCUUGGACAGGCUUGAUAGGGACCGGCGAGAAUGGGACCAUCAAAAGAAGGAGCUGCUCAGGCGGAUAGAGCAGCUCCAGAAAGAAGCGAGCCCACGGAGAGGAGGUGGUUUGAUGUGUGAGCAGAAUGAGAGCAGCCGGCGGCCGUUUACGCCGCAGGGGAGCCUCCGCGUGCCCCGUUCCAUGGGGUCCAGGUCCUACUCCGACUCCGACACCAUCCAGUUUGAUGAGCGGUCGUUGUCCAAGCUGAAGGAGAGCGACCGGUGCAGCGCCACGGAAAACCUCUUCCUGGAAUCACUGUCCCUCGACCCCCCCGACGAGCCCGAUGAGCAUCGCUCUCGGCACCUGGAGCGGGAGAAAUUCUUGACUGGACUAACAGAAGAGGAAGAAACACACAAAGGAAAUCUUCAAAGGGCAAUGUCUGUUUCUUCCAUGUCCGAAUUUCAGCGCCUGAUGGAUAUUUCUCCAUUUCUACCAGAAAAAAAUUUACCUUCAUCUGGCAGCAAAGAUGAUAUAACACCUCCCUUGUCUCCUGAUGAUCUGAAAUACAUUGAGGAGUUCAACAAAAACUGGGAUUACAGUAACGCUAAGAACCAUGGUGGGGCAACUGAGAAGCCUGCAGAGAGUUGGGCAGAAAGGACAGAAAUUGGAAAAGCCGGGAAUGAUCCUGCUUCAGAUCCAUUCCAGGCAUCCUCAUGGUACCUCACCACCAGUGUCACUAUGACCACCAACACCAUGACCAGCCCAGAGCACUGCCAGAAGCAGCCAACGAGGAGUCACAGUGUAAAUGACAAAAUGGGAGUGCGGGUAUUUCACAGCCCACCGGUUGUCCGUAGGUUCGAUAACUCAGUGAUAGCUGGCAAUGAAGGGAAAAGCCAGGCUGAGCCAGACUUCCUGUUUUCUGUGACCAAAGCUAUGGGGAACGUCACUGAGACAAAAGGUGCUUCCUCGGAUAUGUUUGGAAGGUGGUCGUGUGACCUGGCCAAACACCAUAAAGAUUUUCUGGAGAAUGGUCUUCAUCCCAUUGAACGUCCUAUUUGCACUACUGUGGGCUUUGCCUCACCCUUGCACAGCUUGGAGAUGUCCAAGAACAUGAGUGAUGACAUGAAGGAGGUCGCUUUCUCUGUCCGGAACGCAAUACGCUCCAACUCCACAGAGCCUCAGUUUAAGGACACGGCGUGCCAAACCAACGGCAUGAGAACGACAGGGACGCAGACCACCCAGACCAUCAGCGUCGGCUUGCAGACGGAAACCCUGCGCAGUAUCACCAGCAGUCCACACAAGUGUCUGACACCAAAGGGGGGGUCCACGCCUGUCUCGUCACCAUCCAGAAGCCUAAGAAGCAGGCAGGUAACCCCCGUCAUUGAAAAGGUCCAGGCUAAGUUUGAACGCACAUGCUGCUCCCCCAAAUACGGCUCUCCAAAGCUGCAAAGAAAAGUCCUUCCCAAAUCAGACCAGCCAAAUAACCGGACUUUGCCUGGCACGCCUCAGAAAGGAUUCAGUGAGUCCGCUUGGGCUCGAUCGACUACCACACGGGAGAGUCCUGUCCACACCACUAUCAAUGAUGGCCUGUCCAGUUUGUUCAACAUCAUUGACCAUAGCCCCACCUUUCACGAGACCUUCCAAAAAUGCUCCAGAUCUGGCAGCCGGUCCAGGUCAGCAGAACCCAGAGCAGAACUGGGCACAUUGCAGGAGCCAUGUACAAAUGCCCGUGGCAGAUCACCCAGUCCUCUCCGUCUGGGGACAGAGACACAAAAGGAAGAAGGAUCUGAGGUGACAAGUAUUAGGCAGGACUUAUCUGCUCCUCCAGGGUACACACUUGCAGAAAAUGCUGCCAGGAUAUUGAAUAAGAAACUUCUGGAGCAUGCCUUAAAGGAAGAGAGAAGGCUACGUUCACACAGCCCACCAAAUCUUAGCAAUGACAACAGCACAGGAGAAAUUGUCAAAGUAGAUCCAGGGUCCAUAGAGAACCAAACUGUCUUAUUAACUACCCCCUGGGGACUCUAACCCUGCCUGCCUCACUGCUGAACUGCCUUGUUCUGCAUUAGCCCCGUCCCUCCAACCCUGCUUCUCCCGGCCAGAGAGACCAGCGAACCGGCGCCCACCGUCACGAUGGGCCUCACAUUCCCCUGCUGCCUCACAGCCGCAGUCCACCGGAGACCUGACUUCCUCAGAGGGGUGUGGAAGCAAGGAGCUGCUGGCAGAGACCCCCAGCCAGGGCGGCGAGCCAGCCUGACUGCGCUGGCCUCCGCCAGGUCGCCCGCCAGCCGUCUCUGCCACGAAGGAGCGAGGUCCGCUUGGAGAGGUCAAAGAAUGUUCUCAGACACAGCUGCUGAAUGUGCAACCUGGGAAACAGAGGUGUUUCUAGAAUGAAACAGUUUAUGUGCCUGUAAUAACUUAAUUUUUUUCAUAGCUGAGAGAACUAUUUUUGUCUCCAUCUUUUCUACAUACAGUAUAUUAACAAAAACAACAAAAAAAAAAGGGUUAAAAUGAUAUAAAAGUAAGAUUUAAAAUAAAAUGUAAAUUAAGUUUUAAGGGAAUUUGAAUACUUGCUCGUGCUCUCUCCAAAUAUUGACUGCCUUUUGGUUAUAUUUGCACUGUUACGUUUUCAGUUUUAGUUUUGGGUAUUUUGGGUUAGGUUUUUUUUUUUUAAUUUUUAUUUCAUGUAAAACUAGGGUAUUAAGUUAAUUUUAUUCUAUUUUAAUGUCAGUGUUAUUGGUUUUUAAAGGUAAAAUUCUUAAAGAUGCUUCAACUGUCUGAAGCGAUACCUUUUAAGUAGUGAAGAAAGCCAUUAAGCUCGUUCACUAGACUUGUAAUUAAUUGAGAUGGAGGGGAAUACAGGUAAACACAGGUAAAUGUGUAAAAAAAAAAAGAAAAGAAUGCCUCAGAAAGUCUUACAGAGUUAGCUGUAAAAUACACCUACAAUACUUGACUUGCAUGCCUCUGGGUCCUCGCACUUUAGUGCAUGUACAUACUGCUACUGUACCAUCACAUAAAUGUGAGUCAAUCUGUUUCACUGUAAUAUUGUUGUGAAUUUACCUGUACUGUACUUUUAUUGUUGGUAUUCUUGCAUUGACUAUACAAAAAAGAGUUUUUAAAUUAUUGUCAGCAGUUCAACUGGCUAUGUACAGCGUUUACUGAGAACUUCCUUCGUUUUGGAAAAACCAUGGAAAAUCUCUGGGCAUACUAAAUUGUAACUGGUCUUGUUUAAGAGUCUGUUUGAGACCAUGUGAAGUGGAAAUAAAACCCUCAGUAUUUACAAGCUG